AUGCCCAGAAGACCACCCAACAUCGUUCUGCCGACGGCACCAGCGACACCAUACUCUCUGGCCAUCCUCUCCGAGUAUACCCACACCCUGGAUUCACUCCCGCUUGACCUCUCCCGCAAUUUCGCCGACCUUCGCGAGCUCGAUGCCGUACUUUCGUUGUCUAUGUCUAUGCUUACGAACAAGAUCACUCAGUUGACGAGCAUGAUUGAAAACAAUACCGCCUCGAAGGUAGAGCGGCUUCAGCUUCUCAUGAAUAUCGCAGAAGAGGCGCAUCGUCUGAAGCUGGGCGGAGAAGACAAGAUACGCGUUGCGUGCUACGCUGCCGAUGGGCUACGUGGACAUAGAGCUCAUAUGCGAAUGCUCCUGGCACACAUGCCCGAUGUCGAAUAUGAUAGCCUUGCGGACCGGCUUGGGCGCAGGACGGUGUUCCCACACGUUGCUACGCGCACGUACUACCCGCUGGGUAUGACCGAGGGAGGAAGGAGGCAGAGACGAGGUGCUGUUGGAAGCUUGUUGACGGGCGCGGCGGUAGAAGCAACCCCCAAUAAGAGGAAGAGAGUCAAUGGCAGGGACGAGGAUCUUGAUGUCUCAAAGUCACCAAGGAAGGAAAGGGCAGCCGAUAAUUCACGGCAGCGGAAUACUGUCAGAACUAAGAGGACGGAGCGAGCUGCGUCCCCUGCAGAAUCUACGUUGUCGGUGGCCUCGCACAUGCCCCAAUCCUUCCAUCUGGCCAUGCAGUCUCAUACCACGAAUUCACGUCAGAACGGGCAUGGUCGAGCACCAAGCACGGCAUCAGCAUCCAAUAGCAGACGUGCUCGCGCUUCACGCACGACUCCGGAUGCUCUAGCUGCUCAGCUAGACUCUGCCGCAUCACGCAGGGAUGUCUUCAAUGCGCCCCCUUCGUCUUCCGCUUCGCAUCCUUCACUCCCUAUUCCAUAUGCGCCGAACGAGUUGAAUGCCCACGGCCUAAGCGCCACGCACUUGCCGAAUAGCGUGUCGGAGUGGGCUCAUGGGCAAUUGGAGGGCCCCGGCAUGCCUGUUGCACGGAACUUUGUGAGUACCACGUCUGUGGUCGCGGAAACUGUAGAUGCUGGGGCAGGGGCUGGUGUAGAGGUGGACGGGGAUCCUGACGAUGGCAAGACGUACUGUUUCUGCGACGGCGUUAGUUACGGUGACAUGAUUGCAUGUGACGACAAGAACUGUGAACGGGAGUGGGCCGCAGGUUUCUCGUCGCCUUGCGUUAUGGCCAACGACUUACCCAGCGCGCUGCUCAGCUUCCCUCAGGAGAUCCUGUUGCACAUCUUGUCAUUUCUCGAUUUACCGGAUCUCGCUAGUCUUGCACAAGUGUCCCCACUCUUUGCUGUUCUUACAGAUGAUCCUGUGUUGCACCAUAAGCGCAUUUACGUCGUUGCACCUUCACGCGUAUCGCACUCGUUGUUCGGACAGAGUUCGGCUGGUGUUCCAUUCCGGCCGACAGUUGCAGACCUAGUGCACCGAGGAAUCAUGCGCGGUCUUGGAAUUGAGCGAAGAUGGAGGGACGGGCUUUAUUUCUAUUCCUCGCAUAUGGUAACACAAUACGAGAACUCCCUUCGCUUGCAACGCACCCAUGCUGCAGAUGUUGUCGCACAUACGCUGCGUAGGCGGACUUCUGCCGCCCUCUCACGCGUAUAUUCUGUACGGGUGCUGCCGGACGAAGCGCUUGCCUUCCCAUCUUUGAUUUCACCGUCGUUGAUACCUGCCAUGCGACGGCUGAAGUGGUCUGUCCAGAAGGACCAGCUUGCACGCUUCGUGAAAGACCGAAGUGACAUGGCCCGUAAUGGUGGUAUCGUCUCGUGGCUCGAAGGCCGUGGCAAGACAGUUAUGCGCAGAGAAAACGAACGUGUGCGGCUCGCGGUAUGCCCUGGCAUCAGGGGUAUGGUGCGUUUCUACGAGGAUUUGGGGUGA